AUGGCUGCGCCGCCGGAGAUCACUUGCACCAACCUUUCGGGCAAGUUCGUCAUGAACAAAACCCUUUCGGACGACAUCGAUUCAAUGCUCGCGCUCCAGGGCUUGAGUUGGCUCACUCGAACCGCAAUCAGCUUGGCUACGGUCGUCCUUACCGUCAAAGAAUACAAGCAAGAGGACAUCUACCACGUCGACAUUACGUCUGUGGCUUCGGGCCUCUCAACGACACAAGAAAAUCGCACACUGGACUGGCAAGAGCGAGAUCACCAUGAUCGUAUAUUUGGGAACUGUCGGGGCAAGUCAAGGCUCUGGAAGACAGGCGAAUACAAAAUGGAAGGCCCGGGUUCAGAAGAAGAUGCUGUGUUCUUGCAGGCUCACAAACUCAAGGACGGUCAAACUGACUCCAAAUUUCUGGACGACGAGCACGUUCAAAGCUGGGUGAAGAAUAUGGACGACGCAGGCUGGCAGGCGGAACAGAACUGGGGGUUUGAAGACAUCAACGGUGAGCGACGAUACACUCGGCGAGUGCUGGUCUGGAAAGGCGGCGAGUUUCGAAGAGCCCGCCUCGUGUAUGACUACAAAGGACAGGCAGAGGCGAAGAAGGAUGAAGAAGACGACGGCCUGGCGUAUGGUGAGGAAUAA